ACUUUUUGUUCUUUGAAGUAUUUGUAUUCAACUUUAAGAUACUUUGAGGCGUUUUGGCUGUGAGGCUGCGCAUGGCAAAGAUGGCAAACUAGUGGGGUUUCUCAUGCUGAAGGUCAGCUGUCCACUCUGAAGGUGCAGGAUGAAAAGAUGGAGCAGCUGCUUGUGCCACCAGGACCAGAUAGCUUCCGCCCAUUCACCCGGGAGUCUCUCAAAGCCAUCGAGAAUCGGAUCGCUGAAGAGAAAGCAAAGAGGCCUAAGGGUGAGAAGAGGAAGAACAAUGACGAGAACCGCCUGGAGCCCAACAGUGACCUGGAGGCGGGGAAGCCCCUGCCUCUGCUGUACGGGGACACGCCUAGGGGCUUGGUGUCCACACCGCUAGAGGACCUGGACCCAUAUUACAGCAAUCAGAAAACCUUUAUGGUGUUAAACAAAGGAAAGGUCAUUUUCCGCUUCAAUGCCACUCCUGCCUUGUACCUGCUGAGCCCCUUUAACCCCCUCAGAAGAAUGUCAAUCUGGAUUUUAGUUCAUUCAUUGUUCAGCAUCGUAAUCAUGUGCACUAUUAUCACCAACUGUGUAUUCAUGACCUUCAGUAAUGUGCCGGACUGGGCCAAAAAUGUAGAGUAUACAUUUACUGCAAUCUACACUUUUGAAUCUCUAGUGAAGAUUCUAGCACGAGGAUUCUGUAUAGGGAAGUUUACAUUCCUACGAGAUCCAUGGAACUGGCUGGACUUCUGUGUUAUUGUCAUGGCUUAUGUUACAGAGUUCGCAAAUCUAGGGAAUUUCUCAGCACUUCGCACAUUCAGGGUGUUGAGAGCUUUCAAAGCAAUUUCAGUCAUUCCAGGACUAAAAACCAUAGUAGGUGCCUUGUUCCAGUCCGUAAAGCGGCUGUCAGAUGUGAUGAUCCUUACUGUCUUCUGCCUCAGUGUCUUUGCAUUGAUCGGCUUACAGCUGUUUAAAGGAAACCUAAGUCACAAGUGUCUCAUCACUCCACCCAAUGGAAGUUUCACCUCCCAAACUUUCAACUGGACUGAGUACUCACUUAACAAAAGUAAUUAUUACUAUCUCCCAGAUAAGCGAGACCCAUUGCUUUGCGGAAAUGGCAGUGAUGCAGGGCACUGUCCAGAGGGCUACUCCUGCUUCCCCGCGGGCCCCAACCCCGACUUUGGCUACACUAGCUUUGACUCCUUUGGAUGGGCCUUCCUUGCCCUGUUCAGGCUCAUGACACAAGAUUACUGGGAGAACCUUUACCAACAGACAUUAAGAGCUGCAGGAAAAACCUACAUGAUAUUCUUUGUGCUGGUCAUCUUCCUCGGCUCUUUCUAUUUGAUCAACCUGAUUCUGGCUGUAGUAGCCAUGGCCUAUGAGGAGCAGAGCCAGGCCACCAUAAACGAGGCCAAGGAGAAAGAGGAGAAGUUCCAGGCCAUGCUGGAGCAGGUGAAAAAACAACAAGAAGACAGUCAGGCAGCUGCAGCUGCAGCAGAGACUGGAGAGAGCAGUGAGAAGUUCAGUGGCACAGAGAGCUCCUCCGAUGCCUCCAAACUCAGCUCCAAAAGUGCCAAAGAGCGACGCAACAGGAGGUGGAAGAAGAAGGAGGAGGAGGGCAAAGGGACGGACGAGAAGAUUCCCAAGUCUGAGUCCCAGAACAGUCUGAGGAAGAUGUGCUGUCACUUCUCUGAAGGAGACAACCUGCUCAGCUACGAGCGCAAGUGCUCCUCUGCUCACCAGUCUUUUCUGAGUUUUCGCGGACCGCUCUUCUCAUCGCGUCAUAACAGCAGAAAUAGCAUGUACAGCGUGCGGAGCCAUGUGCUGGACAAUGGCUCUGAGAACGAGUUUGCUGAUGAUGAGCACAGCAUAUUUGAGGACGCCCUGAGUAUGAGGGGCUCUGUGUUUCUUCCACAAAGACGAGAGCGUCAGAGUAGCAGUGUCAGCCAGUGCAGCUACUGUCCACAUAUCUUUCUCCCGCCCAACGACAUCAAGCUCAACUCAAUGGGCUGCAACGGUCUAGUAACUCAUGUGGGUGGAGACUCCCUCCCACCCUCGCCAUUGGACUUACUCAUGUCUUCGCUGACAGCGUACAACGCUUCCCCUGGUGGCAACCCUGACACAGCUGACACAGACGUGGCAGGAGAACAAUGUCCACAUGCCAUGGACCUCCUUAACGGUGUACAGACCAGAGACAGGACCUGCAGUGUGGCCAGCGCUAUCACAAGCACAAUGGAAGAACUGGAAGAAUCUAGGCAGAAGUGUCCUCCUUGCUGGUCCCAUUUUGCCCAGACCUUUCUCAUCUGGGAGUGUUGCCCAGUUUGGCUAAAGGUCAAGAAGGUGGUUCAUCUAAUAGUUAUGGAUCCAUUCACAGACCUGGCCAUCACAGUCUGCAUUGUACUCAACACUCUGUUUAUGGCUAUGGAGCAUUACCCCAUGAGUGGCAGAUUCACCUCUGUCUUGAAUGUGGGAAAUUAUGUGUUCACUAGCAUCUUCACAGCAGAGAUGGUCCUCAAAAUUAUCGCCCUGGACCCGUACUUCUAUUUUCAACAAGGAUGGAAUAUCUUUGAUGGGGUUAUUGUCACCUUGAGUUUGUUGGAGCUUGUACUUGGGAUAAGUAUUCUGAGAGCUUUCCGACUGCUGCGAGUUUUUAAACUGGCUAAAUCGUGGCCCACUCUCAACACUCUCAUCAAAAUCAUUGCAAACUCAUUUGGAGCCUUGGGCAACCUGACUCUGGUGCUGGCCAUUAUCGUGUUUAUCUUUGCGGUAGUGGGGAUGCAAUUGUUUGGGAAGAGUUAUAAAGAUUGUGUGUGUAAGAUCUCCAGCGACUGCACUCUUCCACGCUGGCACAUGAACGACUUCUUCCACUCCUUCCUCAUCGUGUUCCGGGUGCUGUGUGGGGAGUGGAUUGAGACCAUGUGGGACUGCAUGGAGGUGGCAGGGCAGGCCAAGUGCAUCAUCGUCUACAUGAUGGUGAUGGUCAUCGGAAACCUUGUGGUCCUAAACCUGUUCUUGGCCCUGCUGCUGAGCUCCUUCAGUGCUGAUAACCUGGCCGCCACAGAGGACGACACUGACAACAACCUCCAGAUCGCCCUCGCACGCAUCCACCGAGCCGUCACCUACAUGAAGUCACUGCUGCAGAACAUGUGCAGUACCUGCCAGGGAAAUGAGAAGAAAAAAGAGGAGGAAAAGUCUCUGGAAGAUCUCCACAAAAGUCUGGGGCCAAAUGGGGUCCCGAACCACACCAUCAAAGAGUUCUCCAAGAGCGGGAACGGAGAGGUGACCGGUGUGGACAAGGAGGGGGACAAGUAUAUUGUGUGCAGCAGAAGUGACGACUCUAUUAUGUCCUUUAUAAAUAACCCCAGUCUGACAGUGAGCGUGCCCAUCGCAGCAGGAGAGUCCGACUUUGACAACCAAAAUACAGAUGAGUUCACCAGCUCUUCCACGGACUUAGCAGCCUUUCAUAUGAAUGUGGACGACGAUGGUCAGCUCAGCUCUUCUGAGGGGAGCACAGUGGACUUUGGCUCAGCUGGAGACAGAGGAGAGUCUAUUGACUUUGAACUGGACGAGUUUAUGGAUCCAGACCCAUGCUUCGCCGCAUGCUUGGUUCAGAAGUUCAAGUGCUGCCAGGUGAAUGUGGAGCUGGGCGUGUGUAAGAUGUGGUGGAAUUUACGGAAAACCUGUUUUCGAAUCGUGGAGCACACCUGGUUUGAGAGCUUCAUCAUCCUAAUGAUCCUGCUCAGCAGCGGAGCCCUGGCUUUUGAGGAUGUUUACAUUGAGAAGAGAAAGACCAUCAAAGUAAUUCUGGAGUUCACAGACAAAAUCUUCACAUACAUCUUUAUCCUGGAGAUGCUGUUGAAGUGGACUGCAUAUGGGUUUGCCAAGUACUUCACAAACGCCUGGUGCUGGCUGGACUUCCUUAUAGUGGAUGUGUCUCUGGUCAGUAUGGUGGCCAAUGCCAUGGGUUAUUCUGAGCUGGGUGCCAUUAAGUCUCUACGGACCCUGCGAGCUCUGAGGCCCCUGAGGGCCCUGUCGCGCUUUGAGGGCAUGCGGGUGGUGGUCAAUGCCUUGCUGGGGGCCAUUCCUUCCAUCUUCAACGUGCUGCUGGUGUGUCUAAUCUUCUGGCUCAUCUUCAGCAUCAUGGGGGUGAACCUUUUGGCAGGGAAGUACUAUUACUGCGUGAACAAAACCUCGGGGGUUGUCUUCACCCCAUCUGAAGUCAGGAACAAAACGGAAUGUUUAAGUCAGGCGGAUGGACACUGGAAGCUUUGGAAAAUUAACUUUGACAAUGUUGGGUUGGGAUACCUAGCACUGUUGCAAGUGGCUACAUUUAAGGGUUGGAUGAACAUAAUGUAUCCUGCUGUUGAUUCUCAGAGCAAGCAAGAGGAACAACCAGACUAUGAGAUCAACCUGAAGAUGUACUUGUAUUUUGUUGUCUUCAUCAUAUGCGGGGCCUUCUUCACCCUCAACCUGUUUAUCGGUGUGAUCAUAGACAAUUUUAACCAACAGAAGAAAAAGUUUGGAGGUCAGGAUAUUUUUAUGACUGAAGAGCAAAAAAAAUAUUACAACGCUAUGAAAAAGCUGGGCUCAAAGAAACCACAAAAACCCAUUCCAAGACCAUCGAACGAACUCCAGGGAUACAUCUUUGACGUGGCGACAAACCAAGCUUUUGAUAUUACCGUCAUGGUUCUGAUCUGGCUCAAUAUGGUGGCCAUGAUGGUGGAGACAGCCGAGCAGUCUGAGGAGAAGACCAACGUUCUCUAUGUGAUCAACAACAUCUUCAUCUGUAUUUUCACUGGAGAGUGUCUGCUCAAGAUGAUCGCCCUGCGCCAGUACUACUUCACCAAUGGAUGGAAUAUCUUUGACUUCGUCGUGGUUAUUCUGUCCAUCAUUGGGAUGUUCCUGUCGGAGCUGAUUCAGAAAUACUUUGUGUCACCCACGUUAUUCCGAGUCAUCCGUCUGGCUAGGAUUGGCCGCAUCCUGCGUCUCAUCAAGAGUGCUAAGGGAAUCCGCACGCUUCUCUUUGCCUUGAUGAUGUCACUUCCUGCCUUGUUCAAUAUUGGCCUCCUGCUCUUCUUAGUCAUGUUUAUCUACGCCAUCUUUGGCAUGUCCAGCUUUGCAUACGUCAAAAAAGAAUCUGGGAUUGAUGAUCUUUUUAACUUUGAGACAUUUGGCAACAGCAUGCUUUGCUUAUUUCAGAUCACCACAUCUGCCGGCUGGGACGGCUUACUAGAUCCAAUCCUGAACAAAAACCCAGAGGAUUGUGAUUCACAAGCAGAGAAUCCUGGAAGUACAGUGAAAGGAAACUGUGGAACUCCUUCUGUGGGAAUUGCCUUCUUUGUCAGCUACAUUAUCAUCUGCUUCCUGAUUGUGGUGAACAUGUACAUAGCUGUGAUCCUGGAGAACUUUGGCGUGGCCACAGAGGAGAGCGCAGAACCAUUGAAUGAGGAUGACUUCGAGAUGUUUUAUGAAGUUUGGGAGAAGUUUGAUCCUAACGCAACCCAGUUUAUGGAAUACAACAAACUGUCAGACUUUGCCGAUGCCUUGGCCUCCCCUUUGCGCAUAGCCAAACCCAAUAAAAUGGAGUUGAUGUCAAUGGAUUUACCAAUGGUGAGUGGUGAGCGCAUCCACUGCUUAGACAUCCUCUUUGCGUUCACUAAAAGAGUUUUGGGAGAAGGGGGAGAGAUGGACAUUUUAAGGGGGCAGAUGGAAGAACGUUUUAUGGCUUCUAACCCCUCCAAAGUGUCCUACGAGCCAAUCACAACAACACUGCGACGCAAAUUAGAAGACACCUCUGCAGCGGUAAUUCAGAGAGCCUACAGACAUUAUAUAGACAGACAGGUGGAGGAUUCGCCAAAUGAGGACAUUGGACAAGAGGAAACUGUUGUGGAUACUGACAAUAAUCACGAUAUGGACAAAAUGACAGCAAAUCCCGAGAAAAAUGGCAUUGCGCCAACCUCUGCUUCUCCAACGCCCGGGAACUGUGCGAACAUAGACGGGAAUAAGUACGAUAAAGACAAUACUGAGAAGGAGGUGAUCACUGCUGAUAUGGAGGCACAAAGCACAGUACAGGACCUGCAUGAACCUCACUAUGCAUGUUCGACUGAUUUCUAGGGGUCCAUAACACUACAGUAAAUUAGAAUG